UCAAAUAAUUUUAUAGUUCAAAGGUUAUUAUUGCAUUGUACUUGAGUGGACUGUAUUGCAUGGUGUAUAUAAGUAUUUGAUAGAAGGGAGAGGAUUGUUGCCAUCAGCUGUGUGCAAUGGACCCUAGUGACCCGUACUCCUCAUAUCGUAGUCCCCUCACGAGUCGCUAUGCCAGCAAGGACAUGCUCUGGACAUUCUCAGAGAGACACAAGUUCACCACAUGGAGAAAGCUAUGGCUCUACCUCGCACAGGCACAGAAGGAGUUGGGACUUCCUGUUACUGACGAGCAGAUCAAAGAAAUGGAGUCCAAUGUUGAGAAUAUAGACUUUGGUUUGGCAGCAAAGGAGGAGAAGAAGAGACGACACGAUGUAAUGGCACAUGUACACACGUUUGCCAGUUGCUGUCCCAAAGCCUCCGCCAUCAUCCACCUCGGGGCCACCUCCUGCUAUGUCACUGAUAACACUGACCUGAUUGUGAUUCAAGAGGGCAUCAAUCUUCUACUAACAAAAGUUGCCAGGUGUAUUCAGAGGCUAGCUGACUUUGCAGAGAAGCACAAAGACCUACCCACUCUUGGAUAUACGCACUUCCAGCCUGCCCAGUUGACGACGGUUGGUAAGAGAGCUUGUCUGUGGCUCAAUGAUUUAUUGAUGGACCUCCACAACUUGGAGCACUCUAGAGACAGGCUUCGGUUUAGAGGUGUAAAGGGGACCACUGGAACACAAGCAUCCUUCCUGGCUCUGUUUAAUGGAGACCACGAUAAGGUUGUGGAACUGGAUAGAAGAGUCACUGAACUAGCAGGCUUCAAAAGUUUGUUCAUUGUGACUGGACAAACGUACACUCGUAAACAAGACCUUGACGUGCUCUCCUCUGUCAGUGGGGUGGGGGCCACAGCUCACAAGAUAGCCACAGACAUUCGCCUCCUCGCCAGCAAGAAGGAAAUGGAGGAACCGUUCGAGCAAGAUCAGAUCGGGUCCAGUGCCAUGCCCUACAAGAGGAACCCCAUGAGAUGUGAGAGGUGUUGCAGUCUGGCACGCCACCUCAUGGUCCUGGUGUCUGAUGCACAGCAAACAGCUGCCGUCCAAUGGUUGGAGCGUUCCCUUGACGACUCGGCCAAUCGUAGGAUUAGUCUGGGAGAGUCUUUCCUCACUGCAGACUCUGUCCUCAAUACACUACAGAAUGUGUUUGAGGGACUAGUUGUCUACCCUAAGGUAAUUGAGAAGAACAUUUCGCAAGAGCUUCCGUUUAUGGCGACUGAAAAUGUCAUAAUGGCGAUGGUCAAGACGGGGGCGGACAGACAGGAGUGCCAUGAGCAGAUCAGAGUGCUGUCUCAAGAGGCUGGUAACGAGGUGAAGCUGCAUGGUCGUGAGAAUGAUCUGGUCAGUCGACUGAGGGCCUCUCCUUACUUCAACCCCGUACACUCACAACUGGGGGAGCUGUUGGACCCACAGACGUUCACUGGGAGAGCUCCACAACAGGUGGAUCAUUUCCUGUCGGCUGAGGUGAGACCAGCCCUCGUCCCUUACACUGACCAGCUGCAGGGAACUGCCAAACUAGACAUUUGAUUGACUCUACGUAUACUCUAUAUUAUACGAUUAUUAUUAAGUACAAUCAUAUAUAAUCAUAUAUAAUAUUAUUGAAUGCCAUUUUUCAAUUGUUAUGAAAAGUGAAAUGUGAAA